GGGGAGUAAAGAGGACAAAUAAUGUACAUCGAAGACUCGUCUGCAAUGAAUUCCGUGCCAGACUCAUCUUCCUCCUUCGAUCUUGUUUUGUGACAAAAUGGCUACAUUGAAAUGGCGGGUAAAAGGAUGGAAAUCUUCAAAAUUUGUGAGGGUUCUACAGACCAACGCAUUCAAUCAAACCCAACAAAUCAUCAGAAAAACGACUACAUCUUCUACCCAAAUCCCAAGUCAGUUGGAUCUUCCAUUGCAUUUUCGUGUCACAAACCUCAACGAAGCCUCAGGGUUCUAUAUCUCUCUUAUCCAACAAUCAAAAUCAGCUGAAGAAAUCAGGAAGAUUCAAACCCACAUGACGAAUCACAGUUUUCCUCACCUAAGAUUAGGAAAUAAGCUAUUGGAUGCGUAUUUAAGACUUGGCAGCCUUGGUUAUGCACACCAACUGUUCGAUGAAUUGCCUCAAAGGCAUGUUGUUGCUUGGAAUGCAAUGAUUUCUUGUUAUAUAAGGCAAAGGAGGAGUGCUGAAGCUGUGAGUUUGUAUAAAAGAAUGGCAUUGGAAGGAGUUUGUCCGGAUGAUUUUACGCUGUCCAGUAUUUUGAAGGCAUUUUCUGAUCUGGGUCUUGUUUUUGAUGGCCAAAAAGCUCAUGGAAAAGCUGUUGUUUUCGGGUUGGAGAUAUCAAAUGUGUUUGUUGGAAGUGCCCUUGUUGAUAUGUAUGCCAAGCUUGGUAAAAUGAGGAAUGCCCACUUGGUAGCGGAUCGAGUUGUGGAAAAAGAUGUGGUCUUGUUUACUACUUUGGUUGUUGGCUAUGUUCAAAACGGGGAAGAUGGUAAAGCAAUGCAGGCAUUUUAUCAGAUGAUUAGCGAAGGAGUUAAGGGGAAUGAGUAUACUUUUACUAGCUUAUUGGUGAGUUGUGGUAACUUGAAGGAUUUAUGUCUAGGCAAUUUAAUACAUGGGUUUAUAAUAAAAUGUGGUCAUGAGUUUGGAAUUUCUUCGCAGACAUCACUUUUGACUAUGUACUCGAAAUGCGGCAUGGUUGACGAUUCACUUAAGGUUUUUGAACAUGUUCUUAACCCAAAUUUGGUGUCUUGGACAUCCCUUAUUGUUGGUCUUGCACAAAAUGGCAGAGAAGAAGUUGCCCUGUCCAAAUUUUGUCAAAUGAUACGCAGUUCGGUAAUUCCAAACUGUUUGACCUUGUCUGGGGCUCUUAUUGCAUGCUCCAGCCUUGCAAUCCUUGACCAAGGGCAACAAAUACAUACCAUUAUACUAAAAUUAGGUUUACACUUGGAUAAGUUUAUUGGAGCUUCCCUAAUUGAUUUCUAUGGGAGGUGUGGUUGUGUGGAACUUGCAAAGCCGGUUUACGAUAGCUUGUUCAACCGUGAUCUGGUGAUUGUGAACACACUGAUGUAUGCUUAUGCUCAGAAUGGUUUCGAACAUGAAACACUAGAACUGUUUCAACGAAUGAAAGCCAUGGGGCUUGAACCCAAUGAUGUUACUCUUGUUAGUGUUCUAUUAGCAUGCGGCAAUGCAGGACUGGUUGAUGAAGGCAUUCACAUCUUCGACACUUUUGUUGGAAAAUGUAACAUUCAGAUCACUAAAGAACACUAUGCUUGCAUGGUAGAUAUUUAUGGACGUGCUGGAAGGCUUCAGGAGGCAGAGUCACUUAUAAAUGAAGUUGGUAAUCCAGAUAUUGUUUUGUGGAGGAUACUGCUGACUGCAUGCAGGCUCCAUGGAGACAUUACCAUGGUAGGUAGGAUUCUUAAAAAAGUAGCAGAGCUAUCACCUGGAGAUGAGGGAAGCUUAGUUCUAUCCUCUAAUAUUUAUGCAGCAGAAGGUAAUUGGAGUCAGGUUAUUGGGGUGAAGUCGUUAAUUUGGGGGAAUGGAUUGAAAAAGAGUCCUGCUAUGAGCUGGGUCAGUAUAGACGGCGAGGUUCACACUUUUAUGGCAGGAGAUUUCUCCCAUCCAAGAUUUAAAGAAAUAGAUUACAUAAUUAAAGAACUCAUGAAGAAAGUUAAGGAGUUUGGGUAACUGUUGUAGAUGUAAGGACUGUCAUAGAGGGGGUAUCCUUUCACAAUGGUUUAGAGGAACCGUUAUUAAGUGUACAAAUACUCAUUUCCUAAUAACCAUUGCCUUUUCUUUCCAAA